GCCGCUGCCCCGGAAGCGGUCGGCGCGCGGCGCGGCUGGGCGCUAAGAUGGCGGCGGCGUGAGUUGCAUGUUGUGAGGAUCCCGGGGCCGCCGCGUCGCUCGGGCCCCGCCAUGGCCGUCACCAUCACGCUCAAAACGCUGCAGCAGCAGACCUUCAAGAUCCGCAUGGAGCUGGACGAGACGGUGAAGGUGCUGAAAGAGAAGAUCGAAGCCGAGAAGGGGCGCGAUGCCUUCCCGGUGGCUGGGCAGAAGCUCAUCUAUGCGGGCAAGAUCCUGAGCGAUGAGGUCCCCAUCAGGGACUACCGCAUCGAUGAGAAGAACUUUGUGGUCGUCAUGGUGACUAAGGCCAAAACGAGCCCCAGCACCUCGGUUCCCACGGAGGCCUCCCCGACCACUACCCCCGAGCCUGCUGCCACCAGCCCGUCAGCCCCCGCCUCCGGCAUGUCCCAACCCCCGCCUGCUGCCAAGGAGGAGCAGAGCCCAUCUGAGGAGUCUGUCCCCACCACCUCCCCGGAGUCAGUGUCAGGCUCUGUUCCCUCUUCAGGUAGCAGCGGGCGUGAGGAGGACGCAGCGUCCACGCUAGUGACAGGCUCUGAGUAUGAGACCAUGCUGGCUGAGAUCAUGUCUAUGGGCUACGAGCGGGAACGAGUGGUGGCUGCCCUCCGGGCCAGCUACAACAACCCGCAUCGUGCUGUCGAGUAUCUGCUCACGGGAAUUCCGGGAAGUCCUGAGCCGGAAGCCGGAUCUGUCCAGGAGAGCCAAGUGUCUGAGCCGCCACCAGCCACGGAACCAGCAGGAGAGAACCCCCUGGAGUUCCUGCGGGACCAGCCCCAGUUCCAGAACAUGCGGCAGGUGAUCCAGCAAAGCCCGGCCCUGCUACCCGCACUGCUCCAGCAGCUGGGCCAGGAGAACCCACAGCUCCUGCAGCAAAUCAGCCGGCACCAGGAGCAGUUUAUCCAGAUGCUGAACGAGCCACCAGGGGAACUGGCUGACCUCUCGGACACCGAGGGUGAAGGUGGUGCCAUGGGCGAGGAGACUCCGCAGAUGAACUACAUCCAGGUGACGCCGCAGGAGAAGGAGGCCAUAGAGAGGCUGAAGGCGCUGGGGUUCCCUGAGAGCUUGGUCGUCCAGGCCUACUUCGCCUGUGAGAAGAACGAGAACUUGGCCGCCAACUUCCUCCUGAGUCAGAACUUCGACGACGAAUGAAGACGGAAACUGGGGCCCCCUGCCUGCCCUGCCCCUGCCCCACAAAAGUUUUAUAAAAGAAAAGUAUAUAUAUAUAUAUUCAUGUUUAUUUAAGAAGUGGAAAAAAAUCAAAAACCUAAAAAAAAUGAAAUAGAAAGAAUGAAAUCUCCAACUUCCUACCCCCACAUUUGGCCUCAAAAGACCCGGGCCAGACACCUGCCCGUCCUGCAGGGCGCUGGCAGCAAUGCCUGUAACAGAUGGGCCCCUGGCCGUCGUCCCAGCUCCCAGCAGCCAGAUGGAGAAGCGGCUGCACGCGGCCCACCCUCCCCCCCAGACCCCACUCUCCCGCGGGCAGAGGGGAGUGAGAGCUCCCAGCUAACACUGAAUUCUUCCAUCUGGGGCAAGCAUGCCCGGGCCCAGCCCUCGGUUGGGAAGGUGGGGUCCAGGCCUGCUGGGAAGGGCCCCCCACACCAGCUCCACCUCCCAGGAAGGUUUUGAAGUGAAUAAAUUUUAAAAACUA